GAGAAGCCGCAUGACCCCGCGCAUGUUGCGCGCCCCGCGUUCAGCCUCCCGCCCCAGCCCCUGCCCCAGCCCCGGGCAGUGUCUGCGCGGCCCCAGCGCUGCGGGCGAAGGCGGCGGGCGGGAGGCCCCAGUACUCAGGAGUUUCUCCAGGAUCCCUUCCAAAGGGCCCUCCCCGCCUCGCUCCCUCCUCUCCCCACCCCCACGCCCCCUUCCCAAAAAACCCUCCUCCGAAGCUGGCGCUGGCGGGGCGAGUGCGCGGCGGGCGAGUGCCGAGGCGUCCAUCGGGUGGCAGCCACGGUACCUUCUUGCCGGCUGGCGGCCCGGCGGAGGGCGCGUUCCGCUGAACGAGCCCAUCUCGUAGAAACACAGGAGUCAUUUAUGCACUGCAGUUUCUCUCGCCUCGCUCCCUCUUCUCCCUCUCUGCCUCUGCUCCUUAGGAUAUUUUGGGUGGAUUGUGGUUAUCAAUCAAGAUCUCCUCUUCUUCACUUGUCUUUUUCACCGGGAAAUAGUAUCGUUCGGGGCAAGCGGACAACCGAUUUUUUUUUUUUUUUUGCUUUGGAGAAUUCUCCCUUCCCCCCCUUUUUUUAUUCUUCUUUUUUUUUUUUGGGGGGGGGGGCGGUAAGGGUGCUAGGACCCGGGAAGCACCCUUCCCCCGGGACCCCCCUGCAGCGCUUUCCCCACAGUCGCCCAGCGCCAGGAAACCCCGCCGGACCGCCCGCUCGCCGGAUACUUGUGCGCGGCAGCCCGGAUCGGCCUCGGCGGCGGCGGCGGCAGCAGCGGCGCAGAGCUGUCCGCGGGCGGCGCGGAGGCACCCAGGCCGGCCGCCCCCUCCUACACCCCCCCCCCCCCUCACCGCACCUGGAUGGUACCUCCCGCCGGCGACGCGGGCACUUUCUGAACUAGGAAGGAAGGGGCGACUCGGGGGGGUGGGGGGGUGGGGGAAGCGCCGAAGUCUGUAUGGAAUUACCUGCGCCCGCGGCGGAGCUGGCACCGGUGGAUGGAUGGGCACCGCGUCCGCGGCACUCGCGGCCAGCUCAGCCCCAGGAGUAAACACGGGGCUUCUCCGGCCGAGUGCGCAGUGUGGUGACCGGCACUCGCCCCGCUGACUGAUUGCACCGGAGGGAUAUUUCAGGAGACUCCUGUGGGAAGCUGCCACGGAAGGACAGAAGAUGAAAGCUCCUAUUCCCAACUUGAUUCUCUUGUAUGCUACUCUAACUCAGAGCUUGAAGGUUGUGACCAAAAGGGGAUCAGAGCUCUGAAGUUCUGACAAGCUGUGAGCAGUUCUUCAAUCAGCUGAUGGAUGCACUGACUGGUCUGUGGAUUACAAGAAAUAUCAAGUUCUGGUGGGAGAGCCUGUUCGUAUAAAAUGUGCACUCUUUUAUGGAUAUAUUAGAGCUAAUUAUUCCCUAGCCCAAAGUGCUGGGCUUAGUUUGAUGUGGUACAAAAGCUCUGGACCUGGAGAUUUUGAGGAACCUAUAGCUUUUGAUGGAACUAGAAUGAGCAAAGAAGAAGACUCCAUUUGGUUCCGACCAACAGUUGUACAAGACAGCGGGCUCUAUGCAUGUGUCAUAAGAAACUCAACUUACUGCAUGAAAGUGUCCAUUGCACUGACGGUGGGUGAAAAUGACACUGGACUCUGCUACAAUUCAAAGAUGAAAUAUUUUGAGAAGGCUGAACUUAGCAAAAGCAAGGAAAUCUCAUGUCCUGAAAUUGAAGAUUUUUUAUUUCCAUUUAGGGAGCCUGAAAUUCUGUGGUAUAAGGAAUGCAAGUCAAAGACGUGGCGAUCAAGUAUUGUAUUUAAAAAGGACACACUUGUCAUUCGGGAAGUUAGAGAGGAUGACAUUGGAAAUUACACUUGUGAGUUAAAAUAUGGAUUCUUUGUUGUCAGAAGAACUACAGAAUUAACAGUAACAGCACCACUAACAGAUAAGCCGCCAAAGCUUUUACACCCCUUGGAGAGUAAGCUGACAAUUCAGGAGACCCAGUUAGGCACUUCUGCUAAUCUAACCUGCCGAGCUUUCUUUGGAUAUAGCGGAGAUGUCAGUCCUUUAAUCUACUGGAUGAAAGGCGAGAAGUUUAUUGAAGAUUUGGAUGACAGUCGAGUCUGGGAAAGUGACAUCAGGGUUCUCAAGGAACAUCUCGGGGAACAGGAGGUUUCCAUCUCGUUGAUCCUUGACUCCGUGGAAGAAGGAGACUUGGGAAAUUACUCAUGCUAUGUGGAGAAUGGAAAUGGACGCCGACACGCCAGUAUUCUUCUGCAUAAAAGGGAGCUGAUGUACACAGUUGAGCUUGCUGGUGGGCUUGGUGCUAUUCUGCUGCUGCUUGUUUGUUUAGUGACUAUCUACAAGUGUUACAAGAUAGAGAUUAUGCUCUUCUACAGGAAUCAUUUUGGAGCUGAAGAACUAGAUGGAGACAACAAAGACUAUGAUGCAUAUCUAUCUUAUACCAAAGUGGAUCCUGACCAGUGGAAUCAAGAAACUGGAGAAGAAGAAAGAUUUGCUCUUGAGAUCCUACCAGAUAUGCUUGAAAAGCAUUAUGGAUACAAGUUGUUCAUACCAGACAGAGAUUUGAUUCCCACAGGAACCUACAUUGAAGACGUGGCAAGAUGUGUAGACCAAAGCAAGCGACUGAUCAUCGUCAUGACUCCAAAUUACGUGGUAAGAAGAGGCUGGAGCAUCUUUGAACUGGAGACGAGGCUUCGAAACAUGUUAGUCACAGGCGAAAUCAAAGUGAUACUGAUUGAAUGCAGUGAACUACGAGGAGUUAUGAACUACCAGGAGGUCGAGGCCCUAAAACAUACCAUCAAGCUCCUCACUGUCAUUAAAUGGCACGGACCAAAAUGCAACAAGUUGAAUUCCAAGUUCUGGAAACGUUUACAGUAUGAAAUGCCUUUUAAGAGGAUUGAACCCAUCACACACGAGCAGGUUUUAGAUGUCAGUGAGCAGGGGCCCUUUGGGGAACUGCAGACAGUCUCCGCAAUUUCCAUGGCUGCUGCCACAUCCACUGCUCUUGCUACUGCCCAUCCAGACCUGCGCUCCACCUUUCACAACACAUAUCAUUCACAGAUGCGCCAGAAACACUAUUAUCGAAGCUAUGAAUAUGAUGUACCUCCUACCGGCACCCUGCCGCUUACCUCAAUAGGUAACCAGCAUACCUACUGCAACAUCCCUAUGACACUUAUAAACGGGCAGCGGCCGCAGACAAAAACUAACAGGGAGCAGAAUCCAGAAGAAGCUCACACAAACAGUGCGAUACUGCCCCUCUUGCCACGGGAGACCAGUAUAUCUAGUGUCAUCUGGUGACCGAAAUGCAAGGGGCCAUCAACCCCCUUGAGUAGGAGCUGAGUCUGCAGUCCGGUGCCUGGAACUACAUCCUCGACUGCUGCUGUUAAACAUGCAUUACAAUUGAUAACAUACGAGGAAAAACAGGGUCUUGUACAUAUGGUUUUUGCAAUUUCUUUGUAGCAUCAGUCUUCCUGUUUUACCCAUGUCUCUUCCCAUUCACAUUUUCAACUUUGUUUUAUAUGUCAUUGGAAUUUGUAUAUUUACAUUUUUUUAAAUGAAGAGACUGCUGUAUAGAUAGGAAACUUUUUUGCUUCAUUAGUAUAGUUUUAGACCUUUCGUUUGUUUGUUUUUAACCUCUCUUGGAAAUGCCUGGACAAAGCUAUGUUGAUAUCAGAAGCACCAUUGUUUUGUUGGCCUGCCUAGCCUGAUCCCUGAAGGCCAUGCCUGCUGCAGUUCAUCUCUUUUGGAGAAUAUUUGUUCUUAGAAGGACCCCAUCCCUCACUGAGAGCUCCAGUUUCAUUUCUACUCCUGUAAUGUGCAGUGCUCCUUCCCAGCCCUUACAAUGACCCCCAUUUGGGGUAACACUACAGUCUGAUCAUCUAACAUGUAACUUGGUAGAUACCUGUCAAGCAUCAGAAUAUACCCAAACAGUAUCGAUUGCUUUACAGUAGUCACUACAGAGUGUGUAGAAACUAGAGAUGGUUUCAUUUGUUUUUUGUUUUGUUUUAAUUAUUAUUUUAAGAAUGAAUUGAUUGUAUCCCUUUUAUAAAUAUAAAAGCAAACCCUAUUUUUAACACUUCCUGGAAAAGUAUUAAUGUGGUUGUGGAUUUUAUUUUUAAGCAUUUAACUUUUUCUUUUCCCUCUUUCAAAAUCCUGCAAAUAAGAUCAUUUGCAAUUGUCAGGCAAGUAAGACAAGUGAGGCAAUAGGCACUGAAUUGCAGAGUCCUGCUGAUAUUUACAGUGAUGACUUCCAAACCAAAGUGGAAUAAAAAGACAGUAUUGUAGAUGGUUUGUCACUUUGUAUUAUAGAAAGUGUUAUUUUCUAAAAAAAAUAAGAGCAAAACAUUAUUUUGCUGUGGAUUACAGAGUCCCCUUGUAUUUUAAUGUUCCAGAAACUGUAUUUGCUUUAAAAAUAUAUAUUCAGGAUUAAGAAAUAUUCUUUCAUUUGGUUUUAGCUUGUAAUGAUAAGUAAAACUUUAUUAAUUUCAACAUUAUUUCAGUAAGAACUCAGGCAGAAAAAAAUGACAUGAAUACCAACAUAUAUAAUUGUUUUUAGAAUAAACUUUAUUUAUACAAAAUUAAUAUUUAAAUCAGACCUGGAAGUAUUAAAAACAAUUUAUUCACUUUAAUGAAUAAAUAAAUUAGUUUUAUUUUUUAUGUAUGGUUCUAUCUUUGAGGAGUUGCAAAUAAUGCGUGUACCAUGACUGCCAGGGAAAUAAAAAACAAACAAACAAACAAACAACAAAAACCUACUAUGUUUACAUCUGAACAUCUCUAAGACAAAUCAAAUAAGCAUCUUUCUCAUAUUUUAAAUAAUGGAAAAGUCCUUUCUUGUUUUAGAAAGAGAGAGGAGUGGUGUUGUAGCUCUACAACAUAUUCAGGCCAAGCUCUCUGCUGGUCUCUGCAAGCAGAGGCAGAGGAGCUGGCAUGGAGUUACUGGUUGCAGUCACUGUCAUAUGGGUUUGAUUUACUCUGGCAGAAAUGUAACUGGUAUCCUGGCAAACAGACCUUAUAGUCUAUCUCUAUAAUUCAUUAGCUUUAGGUAUUUUUAUGGUAGCUAAACGAUAUUGGCUGUAUAAUGGAGGUGUGGGGUUUGUUCAUCCUUAUUGUCACAAUGAGAAAAGUACAGAUUAUAAUAUUUUGGUCUUCUUAAUGAGAAGUGAGGGAUGGAGAUCAAGGAAACUGCAGUUUGGGGUAUGUUUGUGGGAGUAAUGCAGAACUGACAGUGUGGGAGGAAAUGACUGUGCUCCUGUUGUGAAAGUCAAGAAAUCUCCAUAUCUGCAUAACAAGGUAAUAUUGCUUUGGGAUAUGUACUGAUUUUUAUUUGCUUUAAAAUGUUUAUUUUUCCGACUGUUUGCUCAAGUCCUAUUCUACAAUCUGUUCUUUAUUAUGGUGUCUCCCUCUGGACAUGUGCCAACAUCUACAAAAUGGAACUGAAGCUGCCAGGCCAGAUAAAAUUUUAAGAGAGCUUUGCAAAUUUUGUUAUUUUCAUAGUGUGAGAAAGCUAUUAUUACUUAUUUGCUCUUACAGACUCCUGUCAGGCACUGUUGGCAUUUUCCUUCAUUCAUCUGGAUGCCAAAUGCUCAGUAUCCUCUGAAAACAAUGCAUUAUUUUUCCCCUUUCCCUCCGCUUUACAUGCCCUGGGGUAAAGACUGAGAUGUGGAAUAAAUUUCGAAUGUAACUAUCUGAUUGUAGUCACAUUUAGAUGAUUGGUAGGUGUUACCUUAGCCACAUGGGGAGUACUUUUCUCUUGUUCUAUUUUUAGUGUAAAUUUAAGCACUUUGAAUAGCAUGAUUCAGGGACUGACGGAUACUAUUUGAUAUUCACACUACUUUAAAAAGUUUUUCUUAUAAUGUUUUGUCAUAAUAUUAAACAAAAGAAAAACAAAACCAAACAAACAAACCACAAAACAAAACCUGAAAUAAAUGCAGAAGCUAUCUAUGGCUUUAGAAACAUUCCUCCCAAGUGUUCCUCCUCUAUGAACAACUCUGUGUGGGAAAUAGUGAAGGAAACUGUUGUGUGUUCACGUGCUCUAUGUUUGACAAAAGUUCUGUUGGAACAUAAAAUAAAAUGAAAAAAAAAAAUCAAAACUACAAACAAACCUGUCAUUGCCCUAGUGCUUAGGCUCCAUUCUUUUUUGGUGAAGGUAUUCCAAUUUUUGACAAUGCAGCCUGAAGUGUGCAUGCAAUAACCGCAUAUAAUGUUUAGCCAUAAGCAAAUAGCACUUUAUUUUUAAAACUGCACAGUGUGAUGAUUGGAAAAAAAACUUACUCUGCCUGGUCAAUAACUUCGGGUCUGUAUGUGGAUUCUAUGCACAUAAAUUAUCCAAGUGUGGUGCUUUGUCUUUAUAAGGCUUUCUCUAAUCAGGGUAGUCCUUGGUAUAAAACUAAAGGACUCUGUUGCACAACCUGUGGAAAUUAGGUAUGUAGAUUCUCCAAACAGCACAUAUAGCUGGACAGAAAUGGGAGACUGUAAAGUAAGCAGCUAAUUAUUUUGAAGGCAAAGUGCAUUGCUGGGUCUGAUUUUGUUCUCAGUUGCAGCAGUAUGAUUUGAGAGUAAAUGUAAUAAAGUUGAAUGAGUAUAAGAUUGACUUGUGUGGAAGAAAAUUGGAAAAGCAAAGAGAAAAGGAAUGCAUAUUUGCAGUCUAUGACAAGCUGAAAUCUUGGCUGCAGGGAAAGCAGCAGCAAAAUGUCUUCUGAAUUUUAGUAAGAACCUAGUUCUCACCUGGCAGCCAAUGUCAAACCCUUUCAGUAUGUUCUGGUUUAGAACUGAAUACUGUUAGGCUUAGGUGCAAACUAAGAUUUUUCUGUUACUGGACAGCUGUGAAAACCAUGUGUAUGUUAUAUAAUGGGUGAUAAUCAGCUUCAAAAUAAUCGGAAAGCUUGUUACACCCGCCUAAUUAAAAUUCACAAAGUUUUACACGGAAAUUGUGCAUUAAUGACACAUUUAAAUUAUAGAUAAAGCAGUGAGAUUUGGGGAAAAGUGGCCUGGUAAACAGACUUUCUUCAUUUUUAAAUUGAAAAAAAAGAAGAAGAAAAUGUCAAGCUAACAAGCCUAAGGAGAAUUUAAUUAAAAUGCAAAGAAGAAAAACAAAAAACAAAACAAAACAAAACAAACAAACAAAAAACCCCAGUAAACUAACCUCAAAAAUAAGAUAAAGACUAAUGGAAAAGAAAGGUCAAAACACCUGCUUUUUUUGCUGUGUUGUGGAUUUUUUCAUCAUACAAAGCUCUGCACUCUGGCUGAUCUACAUGAAGCAACUGUUUUUUCUCUGAACGCAUCCAGACAGAUCAGCAACACAAAUAUGUCCCAUCUGUCUAAUGCACUUCCAAAUGGUUUUGUAUUUGUUGGUAGUCUAGCAAAGAGAGUUUUUGGUGUGUCUUCCAUUGUUGUGAUAUAGAGGAUGACAGAAAUCUGUCAGCACUAAAACAAUCUCUGUAACAGGCUUAGUUUAUUAUCCAGAGUAACUCUAUGUUCCUUCGCACCCACCCUUAUCUGAUUUGCUGUUAUUAAAACACUUUUUAAAACACAUUUCUCAGCUAAGUAAGAGAUUAAUGUGACUGGCAUCAGACAAAUGUAAGCAAUUUCAUAACAAAGAGUCUCCUUAUAUAAUGAAUACUGCAAGUUCCCUUGAAUUUUUUCUUUAUAAUCACAACUCUUCACCUCCUAAAUGUCCCACUGGAUGGAGGCUGGAGAACACCAUUGUGUCUUUCAUUUGAGAUGCACUGAAUUUAAUAUAGAUACUGAGCGGUCGUUUGUGAUGUAGUUUUGCUGGGCUAUUUCCCAUCAACUCUGGCUAUAUCCUCCAGUAAGACAUGUUGACAGCAUCACAUUUCUCCAGCUGGCCUUGGGUUGGAGUUCCAGAACCUGGAGUUGUUGCCCUGGGGAGUUAAACCAAUAGAAUUGUUUCAACUGUUAAGGGUUUUCCUAUGCUUUUUGAUUGUUAGAAUUCAGUUCAAGACAAAGUUUGACCUUUUCCCUGGACUAAUAAGCUCUACAGGUGGGAGGUCAAGAGUCCACAGAGUCGUGAAGUAGUCAGAACAGAAAUUACAAAGGCAGGCCUGAUAACUUAUUUGGAAAAUGUAUAAAUUCUGAAGCUGCUCAGAUUACUAAAAAUUGAGUUCAUUUGGAUUGAGGGUUGUUGAAGGAAAGUAUUCUGUUUGUUAUUACAACCAGGCUCAUUCCAAAAGCUUAUCAGCAUUCUUACAUUAAAUAGCCAAUAUCCUAGAUAAUGUAAUUCCAGAAACAUUCAAUGGUCAAUUAAAAUAUUUUUAUUUUGGUGGACUGAGGGUAAUAUGAUUCUCUAGGACCUAAAUAUUAAAUGAAAUAGAUAAUCUUUAUCUAGCACUGAGCUUACAGAAAGUAGAAACACCUCAUUGCUGGGUCACUAUUGUUAGGAAGAGAAUUUGAAGCAAAGUUCGAGAGCUAAGAAUUUGAUGGAGAUAUUCUUGGUAUUUUUUAUGAAGACACCUCUCUUAACCAUCAAGGCAUGAUAGAAAUAACACACAAAUUACUCAAAAAAUAGACUGGAUAUGCUUUUUAUCGAAUAUUAGCGCUCUCUCUGCCCCUUUCAAGAAUACAAAAUCAUCCAGGAAAAAUGAACACCUGCCGAGCCCAUACUCUCAAACAAUUUUGGUGAUGGAUAAAGAAGGGCAAGCAGGAGUGACAGGUUGUGCAACAUGCCUGUGACUAAGGUCUACAGUGGGGAAACUGUGUGUACCCACACAGGGAGAGGGAGAGCACAGGGCCCUUUGGCCAUCGUGUUUCGUUACUCCUGUGUCAGGUGGGUGCAGAAGGAGCUAAAGACUCAGUGCAUCACCACUAUUCUACCUGCUAUAGGCAACACAGAGAGGAGGUGGGCAGUAAGUCUUGAUGUUAGGGGCAGCAAACAUGAGUACCCUCAGCUGAUUGAGCACAGUUCAGCUCCGUGCCCUAUUGCAAAGCAACUGAAAGAACAGAAACAGCUGACAGUGUUUCCCAUUUGUUCAGUGUGCAAAGUAAAAGCCGACACUGAGCAUCAAAAUAGGUUAGCUUAAUGGGUUAGUGUGCAAUCCACUAAAUGACAGUUACAGGGAAUUGCCAUCUUGAUCAGCUAGCAUCGCACCUGAGCUCCCUCACAGCAGCUUUCAUCCUCUUCUCUCCUAUCCUCUCCUUUACCUUGCAGGCUGUGUUAAAAGUACAAGCACACAAAGCUUGUUGUGAGCCCUCGUGCUGGGGUACAUCUGAAAACUCCUUGCAGAGAUGUUGAGGGUGAGUAGAUAUCUUUUCUCCUGAGAAGACAGAGGAGCAAAGCUUUAGUUUGUAAAACAAACAAACAAACAAACAAAAUAUUUUUGUUCUGAGUUCACACACCAUUUUUUCACAUCCCCAUAGGGUGCUCAUGUGAAGCAACUUCCUGAUACUGAACCUUCUGUAAAUUAAAAACAUAGUCUUAAAAAGGUCAGUCAUGGCCUCAAAAUAUCUUCACUCAUGCAUCUGCCAUUAAACUGCAGGGCCCGCACAAAACCAAAAAUAAACAAAGAAAAUCAGAGUAACAAUGCAACUCGUAAACCCAAAUGAAACCUGUUUUUUGAGGGCUUCAUUGUUUUCAGGGAAAGCUGUUUUCUCUUGUUUUCUCUUUCUCUUUUGUAGGAAAUUAUGUGAGAGACCAUUUUAGAUUUUCUUUUCAUUCUUUGUAUGACAGGUAAAUCACAGUGAGAUAUAUAUAUGUAUAUAUAUAUAUGUAGGUUUGGGGAUUUUUUAGAAAGUACCAUUCUUCAGUGUAAACAUAAAACACAAGUGGCAAUUAAUUUACAGACUUUGAAGAAAUUGUUUGCCAGAGUUAAUAUUUUCUGGCAAACAGCUCACUGCAGCCCUAAUUAAAUUCUAAAGGACACUUCAGUAGAAAAUUUAAACAAUUAGUAUUGUGCAUGUAACUUCAGCAUCAUUUUACAUCUUACAUUUGUCUUCUUAAAACCCAGGCAACUUAAAAUGAAACAAUUAUGUAAAUACAAAGCAGAGAGGAAACAGUGAUACAGUUGUCUCUCCAUCUAUCUUAGCAAAAUACUUUAGUGACAUCAGGCUCAUGCUCUGAGAUCACUAACUUAUGCCUACCACAGCGAAACACAUGAAUCUUUGCAAAAUGUGCAGAUAUCUGGGGAAAAAUUGUUGCAAUAAGCACUCUAAAAUCUUAGUCACAUCUCAGAAAGCACUUUAUACAUUUGUAAUGCUUAUGCAUAGGUACUUUAACUUGUAAUCCUUUAAACAUAGAACAGUAUAAAAAAAAAAUAGCACUCUCAUAAAAAUUCAAGGAAGUCCCAAAAAGCUGGGUUUGUUCACAGGACCACAUUUUCCAUUUGCUGUAAAAAGACAAACUUGUAACCAGGCCGUUGGUAGGUGGCAGUGUGAUACAGAUACAUAGCUAGGGGUUGACAUGGGGUGGGAAAGGCAUAAGGAAGAUGUUUUCUGGUCAUGUCAGGAUCAGGUAGGUGGUACAAGACUAGCACUCAUUCCUGCUGCCACAGGAGAUUACAGACAUCCUUUGCCUAUAGGACUCUAGAUACCUGAAUUUACCAGGUACUUCCUUCACCUGCUGGGUACUAUGUGAAGUCAUUUAUAUAACCUUGUUAGACGUAGGAAAUGUUUUUUCUAGAUGACAGGCUCUACUUGAGUCAUACAAAUAUCUGCCAGAAUUCCUAUCAUUGUAAAUAGUAAUUAGGGCCAGUAUGGUUCAUCUCCUGUUUUCUCCACUUACCUUUUCACUCUCCUAAACAAAAGAGACUCUGAAUAACUCUCAGUGCCAUAGAGCAAAUAGCAUUCCUACAAUUUUUUUUUUACUGCUAGAUAUUUGAAGAGUAAAAAACAGCAGCAAGGACACUAUCUGCUUUAAAUUACACUUGCAAAGUUGUUCUUUGUGGAAAUUUGAAGAGAAGUUCCCUGUUCAGUCAUCUUGGGCGCCUUACCUUCCAUACUCCUUUCAAGAUCCUGAAAAACAGAAAGGAAGAUACAUCAGGACUAAAUUUCCAACCUGUGUAUAUUGCACGUUUUCAAAGAGCUGCUGGAUUUCCUUCACCUCCCGCUUCAGUCAGUUCUCCAUUACAUAGACACUGCAACACAGAGGUUUAGAAAGGGAAAGUAUUACUUUCAGGUGCCGUAAUACAUGAUGUCUCAGGCACAGUGAGUCUGGUGCCACAUAUUUACUGAGAGAUCAGGGUUCUGUGAGAAAUCUGAAGUUUCCUUCUCAUUUUGGCCAGGCUCUCUGAUUGCCAUCUGUUUGCUUGCUAAGGUUUUCCCAACACUCAAAAAAUAAAAUGAAGUCAAAUACUUAAAAGUCAGGUUGAAUUAAUGGAAAUAUAUAAUAUCAUCAUUGUUUUUCGAGUAAGUGACACACAAAUCUCCCCCUUUUCCUUGUUUCUUCUCCUGUCCUUCUGUCUGAGUCACCAGCUAUAACUUAUUCUAAAUGUAAUGUUCUGUAAAGAUAUGAUCUAUUUUUUUUUAGAAUUAUAUUAGUGAGCAAACUCAGAAAUAGUUUCAUAUACCAUCUUGGUUUCAUAAUAAAAGUUUGCAGACUCAUUAAUCAUUUUCAUUUUAUCCCUGUUCAGCAGCUCAUGAAGUUAAAGUAGGCAGCAGCCCAGUGCUGGGCAAGUGGUAAAAGAGCCAGCACAAAAAGUGAGUUGAGGAUGCAAAAGACUAAAUAUUCAUUUUAGCUUGCCCUAAAACAGAAUUCAAUUAUCUUCCCAACAUUACACCUAAAACCCACUGCUGUCGCUCACAGUGAUUUUUGAGUCACAUAUGAAUUUUGCAGGUAAAUCACAUUAUUUAGUCUGUGCAGUUACUGGUGUCUGUGACUAUCCAUAAUACAUAAACUUAAAUGUAUGCAUCAUUUUAUAGGUAAAUAUUUUUAUUAACACAUAGUACAUGACUGCACUUUCUUCAGAAGACAAAGAAACAAAGUGACCAAAACGACCUUUACAAGAGAGAACAUGUGCCUAGUUGCAAUAAUAGAAGAAAUAUUUCACUGCCUUCACUUUUACAAAAAAUCUGCAAAUACCAAUAAAGAAAUAAAGGUCUGCAGAGAAUUGUUUAAUUCCAAUGUCAACUGCAUCAUCAUUUUAUCAGCCACAAUUUGCCUAGGGGACUUAGUUUCUUUAUUUUUUUUUCCAUGAUUUUACUCAGCUCAGGAGGAGCUGGCUGUCCAUAGGCAGACUGCACAACUCAAGCAGUAACAGUCCCUUAUUGGGAGUGUGUUAUUCAAAGUUAAUGGCCAGAUAAGCAUCGUGGUAAAGCACUUUAUUACAAAAGCUCCUAGCCGGCCUUGUGAGAUUCUGGGAAUAACCAGAGAUGAAAUGCCCUGUAGCUUCUAUUAAAUACAUGCACAUUUGAAGAUAUAAAUGUAUACUUACCAAAUGGAAAACAUUUUGCAUUGAUGGCACAAACAAGUGCCAUGCUAGGCUUUGAGAUCAUCCUUCUUAAUUUGCUUAAUGGUUAGUAAAAUUAAAAAAUAAUUCUACUCAAGUCAGCAGAAUUAACAACACGUAUAACUGGUGCAAAAAAAGAGCAGAAUCAGGCCCAGAAUUUGCAAACAUGGAUUUCUGGUUAUUCUGUGCUUUAGUUGAAGAUUCAGCAGCAUUGCCUUUUCCAAAUGUUCACUGCUAUUGCCAUAUAAACCAUGGAUUAACAUAUGUAUUCUUAUCAAGGCUUUCUUUGAGGCUACAGAUACGACUAAAAACUGGAAAAUAUGCCUCUUUUUACACUCUGUGCAAAAUCACUGAAUACAAAAUAGAAGCACUGAAGUUAAGUAGAUUCAUCAACCUAUAUUUAUGCCUACUGUAUAUUAAAUAUUUUACCUAAAGAGAUUAAUUUAUAUUUAUUUUUUAAAAAAUUAGAUAGAUCAUAGCUAAAAGCAACUGCAUUUUUAUAGUAAUACUGUACACAUUGCUGAGAAGCAAGAAAGUCAUUAUCAAAAUGUUACCUAGUUUCAGUGUAUGUUACAUUAAAAAUAACAUGUUUUAUAUUAUUCCUGUUUGGAAAAUUCACCAAGACUGGUAUAUCAAACUGAACAAUGUAUUGUAACAACUUAAAGAUAUUAAACAUUUUUGUAUUUUCAUUAAUUUUUAUUCUUACAGGAGAAAAAACAUCACUGACUAAAUAUGAAUGCUGCAGAUGUUAGCAAUAGAAAUAUUGAUUUUUGUAACUUUUUUUGCACUUGCCUUAACUUUUCCACACAUAUAUACAAACAUAAAUAACACACGGAGAGGGAGAAGAAAAAAAAAAGAGUAUUUAAGGAAAUAAAAUCCACAGAAGUAGGCAAGUUUUGCAUUAUUUAAUGAAUAAUGGCACAUGAGCAUAUUCACUAGAAUCCUUGUAAAGAGCACAUGAUGCCAUAGGUAUGUUAAAGCACAAGUUGUACUUUGUCUAGAUUAAAAAAUCACAAAAAAAAACAACCAAGCAAACAAAAAAAUCUUUUGGUGUGACUUUGCUUUAGGUUUAAAAAAGUUGGAUGUUUAAAAAAAAACUUUAUUACCUGCAUAUGAAUAUUUUUGUAUAAUAAUAUCUGAAGAAGGUUUUAAAACAAAACAAAAAACCCUACUUGCUUUAUGGUGUGCAAAUUUUAGAGAAAAAUAAACAGGGUAUGUGUCCAGUUUGUAAAAAAAUGUUCACCUUUCAAGAUUACUCUUUCAAUGGCUAAAUGCAAGGUUAUGACAACUUGAAAUACUUUUUUUGUGAACUCACAAAGAAAAAAUAAAGCAAUGUGAAUAAUU